GCACUGUCGUCGUCCGCUCAUUCAAAUUGCGAACCCCAAAGCGACCACACGCGGCCCACUCUGCAGUUAUACGAGAGAGCACAAGCAGCCCAGAGAGAGGCAGGCAAUCUUGGGGUUUUUUUUUUGUUCGUGGAGAGCCAAAAAGUGCAGCCAAAGACCAAAAAUAAUAUUGAAAUCUAAGCAAACAAGUUUUGUUUCGUUAAUAAUCUGUUGGUAUUUGUUACCUGCUGCUGCUGAUAUUGCUGGACUCUUGUGUUUCGCAUUCGUAUACCGUUUCGUGCGAGUGAGCAAAAUCAAAAUCAGUGUUGUGUGGUGUGGUGUGGGACCAAAACAGACACAGAUACAGAUCCAUAUACAUACAAACACACACACCUAUUGUUCUGCGAGUGUGUGCCGUGUCGGUGCGUGCAGUGUACUCUUCCAAAACGCGACUUCAAUUCAAUUUCACAUUGAAAACGCCAGGCAAAACCGUUGAGAAUUCAAAUGCAGCUUCGUGAAUACCCCAUAUGUCGCUGUCAACGUUGUUGCUGUUGUCAGCCGCUUAGAACUAAGAGCAAACAACAACUUAAAUCACAGACGCAACAACAGCAGCAGCAACUGCAGCCAAGGCAGCAGCGGGUGAAUAGUUAAUAAAUAUGAUGAACAGUUGAAAGGGGCAUGGAAUUUGGUUGCAAAGAGAAACCAAUCAAGAAAACCAAACCCGUAUAAAAUUGUAAAAGUUUUGGAGAAACGUGAAAAUUUGGACGAGAAAAGUGUUUAGAAAAAGCAAACAGAAAAAAUAAUGGAAUUUUAACAAAGUUUUGAAAGUGUACUUCCGGUGCAAGCACAACUCAAGCAGCAGCAGCCGAGUCUAAAGCUGAGGCUGAGGCAGAGGCAGCAGGAGCAGCGCAGCAAAGGACAUCAAGAAGGACAUCCCGACUAUGAUACCCACCAGCGUCACCAACUCACCGCCCCCUGCCAGCUUGGCCCAGAACGGAGCUGUUGCUUCCUCACUGGGCUCGGCGGCAGGCGUCGUCGGUGGAGGAGCGUCUGCGUCAUCGUCGGCAGCAGCAGCAGCAGCAGGCGCACAGAACAACUACAGUUCCAUUGUGCUGGGACUGGCGUCGCUCAUCCUCGAGGGCAGACCCAUUGCGGAUGACGAGUACCAGCCGCAGGCGGUAGCAGGCGGCGGCGGAGGAGGCAUAGGGGUAGGGGGCGGUGCAGCGCCAGUCAGUGGGGGUCGCUUAUCGCCGCGACCCUCCACUUCCCGGGCGGCCAUUAAUAUAACAACGAAUCCCUAUGCAGGCGCCAGCACUCCGCGCUCUCCCCAUGGCAAUGGAUCAGGGGGCGGAGGCGGAGUGGUAGGCGGAGCUGGGACACCGACCAGCACGACGACAACGCAUCAGCGUUGGACGCAGAAGCUCUGCCAGCUACGGCAGAUAUCGCCGGCAGCGCAGAGCAUGAGUGCCGAGCCAGAGCUGGUGUCCCUGGCCAUCAAUGAUCUCAACACAGAUCAUGGGGGGGACUACGAAAUAGUCCGUCGAGUUAUGCUAAAUCGAGCUGGGGGAUUGGGAAUGGGUACGGGCAUGGCCAAUAUAGGAGUAGGAGGAGGAGGAGGAGUAGUAGGAGGUGGUGUGGGCGGUGGUGGAACAAACAAUUCCAGUGCCGCUAGCUCCCUCGGCUCCAACUCCUCGGACAACAUAUUGCACUCGCUGCAAUCUUUGGCCACCACCUGUCUGAGAGGCGGCCCAGCCAUGCCCAUUGCCCAGCCUUCUCCGUCGGAGACGCGUAACCUGAGUCUGACCUUUGGUUGGACAGCAUCCGGAUCAAUGGGAGCAGCAGCAGCAGGAGCAGGGAGCAACAAUCCGAACACCAAUACCAACACUGCCACUGCCACUGCCAACAGCGGAGCAAGCAGCUCCGCCAGCACCACCACCAACACCACCAACACCAGGCCCAAGCAUGGGCCACACUGUGAUCAGUUCCUCAGGAAGAUGGGUCUGGCCAAAGGCGAGGCGACAACCGAAGCUGAGGAGCACAUCUGUGAUAUGUCUUACCUAAAUAUGACCUGCAAUCGUUGGCGUUCGCACUGCAUGAAGAUGGAGGCAAUUCUGGCCCGCCGUGAUCCUGUUUGCAUUGAGGUGUACCUGGGUCCAGUCAGCCACAAGCUGCUGCUGGAGCAGUGGAUCAUCAGCGGCAAGGAGAAAGUGCCGCCUCCCACGAUGACCCUGCCCUCGCUGUGCAGUGCCAUACGCAGCCAGCUGUACUUCUCCCAGAUCGUGGCCUGGUGCGAUCUGCUGCGCAAGUGCGAUCCCUCUGUCUACGACAGCGGACGCGUAGUCUUUGCCAGCCACAGCGCUGGGGAUCCAGCUGCCAGUGGCAGUGGAAGUGGCUCCCAUGCCUCGCGUCGGCCCCGCCUCAACAUCUUCUACAGAAUCAGGCAGCAUAACCCCGCGGCAAGCAACGGCUGUGGCGGCCAGUACAUGGAUGAGGGCGGCUUCAGUGUCAAGGCUUCGGUUCACAACUUUCCCAAUGUGAACAUCUCGGAGAGCUUCAGCGUGUCCGUGUGCGUGAAGAGUUUGCCCCGGAUCAAUGGCGGCCUGCCGCACAUAGAGCCCCCGCUGCCGCUGCCGCUGCCAACACCAUCAGCGCGAUCUCUACGGCCGCCGACGCAGCCAGCCAGCACUCCCACAGGUGGCGGGGGCUUUCAUGCGGCCUCACCCACGGGCCUGGGAGCACGUACCACUGCGAUGAGCAGUUCUCCAACAACAACGCCAACGACAAUGCCAACGACGACGCUGACAUCCAGCUCCAACUGUGAUAAAAAUGGCAAGCAGCCGCAGGUGGUGCCAUCGGGCGAUGAGCUGGACGUAUCGGGCGAUUUUGGGAGCGUGAGCCACAGGGAGCGCCAGCUGCAGAAGUACCGCAAGCGGAUGCAGCGACGGGACAAGAAAAGGGAUCAGAAAUCAUCGACAGAGCGCCUGCAGGUGGAGGAGCCCAUGGAGGAGGGCGAGGAGAUGACACAGUCGGCAUCCCACUCGCAGUCGCAAUCGCAGUCCCAGUCGCAGCAGCAGGCCAUAGUGAUGACACUAGCGCAUCCACAGCCACGCCGCAUAGCCAUGAUAUCGACGGGCACCCAGACCUCGCUGAGCAGCUGCCAGCAGUGCGGGAGCGAGAAGACGCUGCUCUGCCUGAACUGCACAGCCGGGGAGGGGGAGAGGGAUGAGAACGAUGACGAUACGACGGCCUCGGAGAUUGAGGACACGUCCAGCUGCAGCCUGAGCAGCGGUGAUCUCAUUGUGGGCACGCCACGGAACAAGGCCGAGCUCCUUCUUCAGGCCAUACAGCGCACCCCAAAGAAUCGAAACCGAAAGCCCCACCAGGCAAAACAUGAUCUCAACAGAGGGCAGAACAACAACCAGCCGAAGGCGGUGCCGGCCAGCGGCUGUCAGGUAUGCAAGCGGCAGAAGACGCAGCAUAACUUUGCCAAUGGCCGAGGGGGGCAUGCAAUUGGAGGCCGGAGUAAUGGCUACACCCGGAUGGAGCAGGAGACAGAGCCAGAUCCAGAGGUAGAGCGGGAGACACAGGUUGCGUCCACCAAACUGACGUCGAACAUCGAGCGCUGCUCCCUGCUCAAUCCAUCCACAGAUCGCUGCAAGACCCCACCGCCAGCCGUGGCCGACCACAUUGUGGUGCAGUUCAAGACGCCCAUCAGUCAUCUGCCCCUCACGCCGCAGUCGGGCACCCCGUCGCUGGGACGUCCGUCGCCAAAGCCCAGCCAGCUGCGUCUCAACUGCAGCGGACUGGCGGCGGACAACGAGACACCGCCACCGACGUACUCGCCGCUGAUGCGCAAGCCCCUGCCCAAGGUGAAUCUGACGACAAUCUUCUGCAGCUCGGCUCCGAUAGCCAUUGGCUGCGGCAGCAGAGCAAGUGGCCAGAGCAGUCCAGCCUUCUCCUUCGAUUUGGCCGCCCUGAGCCACGCCCAUUCACAGCUAAUCACCCCGGAGGCGGGAAAUCUGCCAGUGCAAAAGUCCUUCUCGGCCCCCACGCUGCCCAAUGCAUCGCUGUCGGUGUCGCCGAGAUUUGCCAAGCAGGCGGCGGCCUUCUACAAGCGACGCUCCCGCCACCUGAGCGAUCGAUCGGACCGCAGCUCGCUGGGAUCCGAUGAGCAGCUGUCGGACGAGGAUCUGGAGUCGGGCAUGUGCAGCCCCGCGGGAUCACCGCUAAAGAGUCUGGCGCGCCUGGCCACACAGUUUGCGGGCCGUCCGCUGCUGGGCAACCUGGAGGAGUCGCUGCUGCAGAAGCGUCUGAUGCCCAAGAUCGAGGUGAUGGGGUUCAAGCUGCAGCUGGGAGCCUCCGGCGGCUUCUGCCCCACCCAAUUGACCAUCCCGGCUGUCUCCUACUUCUACGAGCUGCAUGGCGAGACCCUGAGCACGCCCUACCUGUGCGAGAUUCGCUUGCCACGAAAGGGCUACUCGGUACCCAGGACGGGCACGGUGCAGGCCACUCUCUUGAAUCCCAUGGGAACGGUAGUGAGGAUGUUUGUGAUACCCUACGAUAUGCGGGAUAUGCCGCCCCUGCAUCGCACCUUCAUACGGCAGCGCAUACUGGCCGAGGAGUGCCCGCCCGCGUGCAAUGGCCAGCAGCAGCCGCAGGAGGAGGUGCACCAGCAGCAGCCACCGAUACCACGCAGUCCCACAGGCAGCACCACGACCACCACCACCACCAGCAAAUUGGGCCACUUCAUCACAGCCGAGCAGAUGAAGCGCCUGCGCUACUCCAUACACCUGAGGUUCCAGACAUCCCGGUCGGGACGGCUCUCGCUGCACACGGACAUCCGAUUAUUGAUCUCACGGCGCACCGACUGCGACACGGCCGCUGCCCACGCCAAGGGCGUGCUGGAGGCACCCAAUGAGCUGGUCACCGACACCCUGACGCCCACUGAGCCGCGCUACAGUGCGCGGCAGGAAAGCGCCGGCAAGAUUUAGUAGUUGCUAAAGGCCUUGGGCGGCACCUACCAACUCAUACGCCGCCUGUGCCAGCAGCUCCAUGCCCAGCUCUGGCACCGCUUCCAGCAAUAUCCAAAAUAUCAAUUGUAGAGGGAGGUCCCUUGGCAAGCAGACGGAAGGAAGGAAGGAAUAGGGAUGGAUGGGAUCGGGGGAGAGAACAGGAAUCGAAAGAUAUUCCCAUGUGCAAAACCAAUCGCUUUAUUAGUUAUUCUUUAAUCUACGUAAAUUAACUUAAAUAUUUUUUUUUUGACAUUUUUUCCCCACUUUCUUCCCCUUGCGUGGAAAGUGCGUGCUGUUUCAUGGUAUAGUUUUGAAUUUUUGAAAAAUGUUGUGGAGAGAAAACAUUGCAAUGUAAAAAUGUUGAACAAGUUGAAUAUUUAAAAGCAAUUGAAAUGCCAGACAAAAGCCACUAAACUGGGGGAUCCAUCCUUCUGAAUGGAUAUCUGUGUCUCCCUGUUCAAAAUGGUCAGCGGAGGAGAGGGCACAGACGGGCGGGGCGACACCUAGCAAUACUAGAGAGUACUAUGCCGCCCUGUGGCAUAGGGACAUAUAACAUAUAAAUAUAUGUACCUAUAUAUUUAUAUACUAAAUAUAUAUGUAUAAUCGUCGUGUAGCGGUCGUCUAAACAAUUUUAAAUGCAAUUUAUCGAGUAGAAAGCUAGAAAUUAGUGCAUUGAAUUGAUGGAUGAUUGGAGAAGAUUGGAUAAGUGAAAGUGAAAGUGAACGUGGUAUUUUGGAUGCGCUGCUCAUAUCGAUCGUUGUUGUUAGUGUGUAGUGAGUUUUUAAACCCUAAAGCCUAAAGAGCCACGCACUGCCACUGCCCUCUGCCUCCGCAGUGCACUGUGGGCUCCACGGCAAUCAAAUUCUAAAUGUUUUUGUUGAGUGCAAGUUUGUUUGAGUAUUUUGUUUUGUUUUUUGAGUGUUUCGUUCUGAUUUGUUUGUGGUUUGUGUCUAUUAAGCGUGCCUGUGAUACGAUAUGAGCUGAGCCGCAUCAGUGAGCGGGAGGGAGGGUAUAUUCUAAUAGGGUUUUUUUUAGUUAAAUACAAUUGACAAAUUAACGUACAUGCAUAAAUACAUACAUACACAUUGCAAAAUACAAUACAAAAUACAGUUGAGUUGUGUCUCCACUUUAAUUAGUUUUCACUGUUUUCGUUUUCCAUAUGCAACAAGUGCUUAUACCUCAAGCACCCACUGUAUACUUCAAUAAAAACUAUAUAAAUAUAUAUAUAUUUAGUUGUGGUACGAGAUAUAAAUAUGUGUUGACGAAAUUCUUAUUUUCCAUUGAUACCUGACUAAACUAUUGACAAUUGAUGUAUGUUUAACAAAACAAAACCACAGAAAACUACUUACUUACAGCUAUUAACAGAAUUGAAAAUGCAAUUGCAAUCUAUGUAGGGUAGGUGGUAUGGUAUGAUUUGAGCAAUUUAACUAAAAAUACGAAUACGAAACAGGCGUAGCGAAACAAAGUCAAUGCGAAGGGAGGGAUUCGUUGGAUAUCAAAUUGGAGAAUCAUAGUUUCUUUCAUUUGUUUUAAGUAGAGAGCUUAAUGUGCGCUGUCAAUAGCAAUUAUAUGUGUAACAAUAACACCAAUAUACAAUGAUUCAAUAAA